AUGAUGGACAUGGAUAACUUCCUGGACUUUGAGUCAGAAGACCCACUCCUAAAUCGUCCUUCUGUUACUAAGAAAAGGAAGAAGGCUAUUGGGUUGGAUGACCUUUUGACUGAUUUCUACAAGGAAGAAGACAAGCUUGUUGAAAAGAAAUCUAAGCGUGCAAAACCACGAAGGAACAAUGAUUCAGAUGAGGAAGAUAAUCAUAUAGAGGCUGCGCUCUAUGACAUUGUCGAUAAAUGUGAAAACGAGAUGAGAGAAAUAAGCGGUAAGGAGGACAGCUUUGUGUGGGGCAUAUGCGCUUUUGGAGACCAGAAAACCCCAACUCCUCUAUCUUUUCCAGAGAUUAAAAGUUGCACACUCUUGCAGUCUUUCAUUAAUGAUGAGCUCAACUCUGUGAUUGAUAUCUCUACAGAAAAUGUAAAUGGCUGGCUUUCAAAGUUGGUUUUCGCCAGUCGUCAUCUAGAAAAAUCAGUGGCCACAUGGACCUUUAAUUUGAUGCUAUAUUCACCCAAAGAAGAUUUGAGGGCAUCUGCAUGUGACUUCUGGUGUGCUAUUCUCUCAUUUGAAAAUGAGGUUGACUUACAGCCUAUCAAAAUUGAUUGGUUUCCUAGCUAUUCUGAGUUAAAAAUAGCUCUUGAAAGCUAUGGUUUUCUAUUCAAAUUUUCAUCUAACACGGAUUCUGCUCGUUCCAAUUCUGCUUCUCGAGGUCCAGCUCAGAAUAUUAGAGCUUGGCUUAAACUUGCAACUGCUUCUUGUCAAAUGAGAAACAAAAGGGCUAUGUACUUGACCUCAGAAGCCGAAGAGUUGAUUGAAGUCAUUAUUUGUCUAUUUUCUGACCGCCAACUUCAAGGUCUUCUUGUGCUUUUGCAUGAAUGCAUGCAGUCAGCUAUCAGUUACUUCACUAACGAAGAAUGGGAAUCUAGCUGUGAGAAGAUAGCAAAAUCUCUUGCUUGCAGAGUACCUAAGGACUUGAACUGCCUAAGAGUUGUGGAAUGCAUUUCGGUAGUCAAUACUCGCUGUAAGCUGUUUAGAAGUACAGUUGCCCAUCAAAUCCUUCUUAGUUAUUUUGAUCAUAAGGCCCCUUCUGAAGAAGAGAUCCUAAAACUGCUUAUCCCAAUCAAUGUCAAAGACAAAAGCUGUGAUUUUUUCAAGAUGUACAUACACUUGGUGUUGACAGAGAAUUGGCUCUUGUCUAAUCAACUUUUAGAAGACAAGCCAGUCUUGAAGGCAAUGUGGCGCCUCUACUUAAGAAACUGUUCUUGCAUGAUAGCCAGCACAGACUUGCGGUGUUUUGCAUCUAAGGUCCGCAACAAGGCAUCAUAUCUUCUGCAAGGCACUGUCAGCUAA